CCACCUUCCCAUUUUUUACGUUCCUCUCCGACAACAAAACCUGCAGGUACUGUCGAGGCACCGACUCCAUAGCUGGAGCAGUUCGCUCGUCCGACCAGACGAAGCUCAAGCUGUGAGCUGCCGGCAAAUGCUAUGCCUUCCCGCUGAUUAUGUGCGGCAGUCUGGGCGCUACCCGCCUGCUCUACCGUGCUCGCAUUUCCAACUACGUCAAGUCCGGCCUCAUCGACCGCGCCCUCCGGGUGUUCGACGAAAUGUCCCACUCCAGCUGCCGCGUCUUCUCUGUCGACUACAACCGUCUCAUCGGCGUCCUCGUCCGCUACUCCCGCCACGAGCUCGCCGAGCACUACUACUACGAGUUGACUUCCCAGGGCUUCUCCCUCACCCCCUUCACAUACUCCCGCUUCAUCUCCGGCCUCUGCCGGGUCAAGAACUUGACUCUGAUCAAUACCCUACUCCCUGAUAUGGACAGGCUCGGGUAUGUUCCCGAUAUCUGGGCGUUCAACAUUUACCUCGAUCUUCUCUGUGGCGAGAGUCAGCUUGACUUGGCCCUGGAGGUGUUUGAUAGAAUGGUGGAGAAGGGCAGGGAGCCUGACGUCGUGACGUACACUAUACUCAUUGACGGCUUGUGUAAAGAUCGGAAAUUUGACCGGGCAGGUGAGAUGUGGAUUGAAAUGAUUGAGAGAGGAAUUGCACCCGACUACGUUGCGUGCACCGCUCUGGUUGUUGGGUUGUGCAUUGGCGGGAAGGUUGAUUUGGCUUAUGAGCUCGUGAUCGACGUUUUGAAGAGCGGUCAAGCGGAGUUCAACUGUUUGAUUUACAAUGCCUUGAUAGGUGGGUUUUGUAAGGCGGGCAGGGUCGAUAAGGCUCUAACUAUCAAGUCUUUCAUGCAAAAGAAUGGGUGCAAACCCGAUAUAGUUACUUAUAAUAUUCUUUUGAACUACUGUUGUGACAAGCUGAUGUUGGAGGAGGCGGAGAAGUUGUUGAAGAGGAUGGAGAGUGUUGGGAUGGAACCUGAUGUUUAUAGUUACAACAUAAUCUUGAAGGGCCUUUGCAAAGCCAAUCGACCCGAUAAGGCUUAUAAGCUACUGCUGAACACUAUGGAGGCAAAAGGGCUCUGUGAUGUUGUGUCGUAUAAUACUAUAAUAGAUGCGUUUUGCAAGGGGGGUCACACUAGGAGAGGUUACAAGCUCUUUGAGGAGAUGGGUCGAAAGGGGAUUAUGCCUGAUGUGCUUACAUUUACAAUUCUUAUAGAAGCUUUUCUUCGAGAAGGCAGUUCCGAUAUGGCAAAGAAGCUUCUUGAUCAAAUGACUGUAAUUGGACUUUCACCGGACCGAGUUUUAUACACGGUGCUUGUAGAUCAUCUUUGUAAGACUGGGAAAAUAGGGAUGGCUCGGAGCAUUUUCCGUGACAUGGUGGAGAAAGAAAUUAGGCCCGAUGAGGUUUCAUACAAUGCCCUCAUUGGUGGACUCUGCAAGGCUUCCAGAGUUGGUGAAGCCAUGCAAGUGUACGAGGAGAUGAAAGCAAGUGGAUGCUCUCCAGACGAAGUAACCUUCAAGUUGAUAAUUUGUGGCCUCAUUGGGGAAAAGCAACUCUCGAUGGCAUGUACACUAUGGGAUCAGAUGAUGGAGAAAGGAUUCACUCUGGACAGCUCUGUUUCAGAAAUACUAGUGAACGAGAUCCAGUCACAAGAUGGUGAAGGAUAAAUGUAAGCCAGAAUGGGAUAGAUAAUGGAGCCAUUGCUGUGGUCCAGAAGAAAAUCAGCCUACUGCAAGUUCAUCACAGCGAUUUAAAUGUAGACGAUUGUCAGACAGCUGAAGCCCAUCCCUGGUUGCAGUAUGGCAGUUCAUAAGGUUGUGGAUCCAGAAGAAUUCGUUUUCCUUUCUGUGUUACAGAUUCUGGGACCUCAUUACCUGUUCGGCCGGAAAUCCUAUCCGAGGAUCAUCUUGUGAAGUUCAUUUCUCCGAACCGAUGUUUGCCCCCUCUUCGAGGUAUUUUUGAAUCCUCGAGAGACCAAUCAGCACCCCUCACAACUUGGAGAAUAUUACCAGUAAAGGAAAAAUAAAACGCAUUGGCAGAUGGAAAUUUCUGAAGUCCCGAAAUUCCCCUGGCAUGCUUCGAGAAGAAAAUCAUCAUAAAGGUUAAAUUCGUUUUAGAUAUUGAAUACCAAUUGAUAGGAUGCCAUCAUCAUCCUGCAAUUUUGGAGCCAGUCGCCCUCUGUGGACAAUGGAGUCACUUGGCAAAGGAGCUAAAUUCCUUCUUGUUUAUUGGUUCACAUCACCGAUCCAUUGCAGGAUACAAACUGAUGAUCAAAUUUUCUUACUCUCAGUCACCAUGUAAAAAUUCUCUCGUGACAUUGGAAGCAUAAUUUGUACGGAUAUAUACAUCUUGAUUAAUGGAGCUUGAAGCUUCGACAAAAUAUCUCAUUAUACGCUUAAUCAAUGUUAUUGCUAUGGAACAUUGAUCGUCGGAUUUGACAGGAACUUUUUGACAGAGAAAGUAAGCUAGCCUUGCUAGCAGUGGCAAAUGGAACUGUUUAUUAGUCUGUC